AUGUCCCAUGUCUCCUUGCCGUCGCCAACAUCGCACGCCACAAGACGACUGUCGACGCCGACCACGCACGGUGGCAGCCAUAGACCCCCUCCUCCGCACGAGCAGGGAACAGGAGGCCUCAACGUGACGCCAGUGAUCGUUGCCGCUGCCAUCGUGGCGGCGCUGCUCCUUGUCGUCCUCGUCGCCGCCUGCACCUGCUGCUGCAGGAGCAAGAAGAGGAAGAAGACGACGCAACAGCAGCCUCACCAUGGCAUGAUGUUCUGCGCGGACUCCUCCGGGUUUGACAAUGGCAAUGGCAUGCCCGCAGGGAACAGCUCGGCGUACUACUACACCAGCGGAGCGAGGCCGCAAUGGCAGAACCAGGUGAGCCCGUCGUCGUCGAUCAAAUGGCACGCCGCGGCGGCGACGCCGGGGAUCGACACGACCGUGUUCAGCUACGAGGAGCUAGCGGCGGCGACAGGCAACUUCUCGGAGGCGAACUUGCUGGGGCAGUGCGGUUUCGGGUACGUGCACCGCGGCGUGCUCCUUGGCGGGACGGAGGUGGCAGUGAAGCAGCUCAAGGCCGGGAGCGGGCAGGGCGAGCGCGAGUUCCAGGCGGAGGUGGACACCAUCAGCCGCGUGCACCAUUGCCACCUCGUCUCCCUCGUCGGCUACUGCAUCGCCGGCGCACGGCGGCUUCUCGUCUACGAGUCCGUGCACAACCAGACCCUCGAGCACCACCUCCACGGGAAAGGGUUGCCGGCGAUGGAGUGGACGACGCGGUUGCGCAUCGCGCUCGGCGCCGCUGAGGGGCUCGCCUACCUGCACGAGGACUGCGAUCCUCGGAUCAUCCACCGCGACAUCAAGUAG